UUUAUACUUGAUAAAUUGUGAAACUGGAAAGGGAAGAUAAUGGGCUAAGUGGUACACGUAAAGGUGAUGGCUGACGAUGCGAAUUCACACCCAACCCAAGUGUAUUUGCAGAAAUUGCGAUUGCGUAAUAUUUCUUGCUUUUUCGCUUUUCCCGAGAUUCCCUCACGCUUAAACCAAUUGCCCAAUUGGCCGAAUUCCCUCAUUAAUCUCCUCUAUCUAUAUAGCCUGCUCAUUUCAUCUACAAUCUCCUCCUCUUUGUGAUUUUUUAAAAGUUUUGUUUAAUGGGGGAUCACGGCAAGGCCAAAUCGGACAUUUCAUUCGCCGGAACUUUUGCUAGUAGUGCUUUCGCGACUUGCUUCGCCGAGUUAUGUACAAUUCCAUUGGAUACUGCCAAGGUUAGGCUUCAGUUGCAGAAGAAAGCUGUUGCAGGGGAUGGAGUAGCUUUGCCAAAAUAUAGGGGAUUGUUGGGUACAGUUGGCACCAUUGCAAGGGAAGAAGGUUUAACUGCAUUAUGGAAGGGCAUCGUGCCAGGAUUACAUCGUCAAUGUCUGUUUGGAGGUUUAAGGAUUGGAUUAUAUGAACCCGUUAAAACCUUCUAUGUGGGCAAAGAUCACAUUGGGGAUGUGCCGUUAUCUAAGAAGAUACUUGCUGCACUCACAACUGGUGCUGUGGCAAUUACGGUAGCCAAUCCUACUGAUCUUGUCAAAGUUCGACUUCAAGCUGAGGGUAAAUUGCCACCUGGUGUGCCAAGGCGGUAUUCUGGAGCAGUAAAUGCAUAUUCUACUAUUGUGAGACAGGAAGGAGUUACAGCUUUGUGGACUGGACUUGGACCCAACAUUGCACGUAAUGCUAUCAUAAAUGCUGCUGAAUUAGCUAGUUAUGAUCAAGUGAAGGAGACAGUUCUGAAAAUCCCUGGCUUCACCGACAAUAUUUUUACGCAUCUCUUAGCUGGUUUAGGAGCCGGUUUUUUUGCUGUCUGCAUAGGUUCUCCAGUUGACGUGGUAAAGUCGAGGAUGAUGGGAGAUUCCGCAUAUAAAAGUACACUUGACUGUUUUGUCAAGACUUUAAAGAAUGAUGGACCUCUAGCCUUCUAUAAAGGCUUUAUCCCUAAUUUCGGAAGGCUAGGAUCUUGGAAUGUAAUCAUGUUUCUAACGCUGGAGCAGGCUAAGAAGUUUGUUAGCAAAUUAGAGUCGUCAUAAAGCAAAAGGAACAAAGCACAUGGCCAUUUCUGGGACAUUGUUAUCCUUAAAUAUAAUCAGAACAGCCGCCAUCUGGGGGUAAUAAAUUAUCGUCGGCUCUCAAUUUUUCUUUCUUUUUUUUUUCUUUUCUUUUUUUUUUUGGCAAUUAAUAAUGCUAACUCGCUAGAGGAAUUAAUAAAUUUUAUGGAAACAGAAACUUUUCGGAUUUUCCUUAAUUUUUUGAAAACUGUAUCCUUAAUUAUC